UAUCAUUCCUUUAGAGGGACAAAAGUCAAAGGAAAGAUUGGAGCUUUCUAUUUAUUUAUUUCGGUUAAUUCCUUGGAAAAACUAGAGAAAAAGGACUCUUCUUUCUUCCUGUUUUUUCCUCACCAAUAUACAACGGGGAGAAGCAAGGCAUAUUCUGGUUGUACGGGUAGAGGCUUCUGUCGACGAUCAUCUACAUUUGGGUUUUCCACUGAUCCUCAGCACAUACUUGGCACCCCGUCAUGACUGCCGAUACAGCCACCCUAAGUUACUGGUUGAACUGGAGGUUCUUCCUAUCUGCUGUAUUUGUCUUAAUCUCUUUGGUUCUGUCGGCAAUUUUGAUAUGGAAAUAUGAAGGUCGCAAAAAGUCUGGACCUCCAGAGAGUGAAAAUCAGCAAGCCCCAGGGUCUUUGUGUGAGGAUGAAGCUUGGAAUACAUGUCUCAAAGAAAUCCACCCUGCUUGGCUGCUUGCUUUUCGAGUGUUUGCUUUCAUCGUACUUUUGUCAUUGCUUACAGCCAAUGUUGUCAUUGAUGGAGGUGGCAUAUUUUAUUUUUAUACUCAGUGGACAUUUACUUUGGUUACAAUCUAUUUUGGGUUUGGAUCUUCAAUCUCCAUUCAUCAAUGUUGCAAAAACUGGGAUAUUGUUAGUGGUGAUCAGGCUGAUCAUGCAAGCUUAGAUUCAGAACGAGGAAGUUAUGUACCUCCUUUACUGAGGGGCACUGUAGAUGAAUCCCACUCCACCUUAUCCAAAAGAUUGAAUACCUAUGAGGAAUCUCAUGGUCGCCAAAAAGCUGGUCCCUGGACUUAUGCUUUUCAAAUCAUGUAUCAGGUUUGUGCAGGUGCAGUAGUGCUCACUGAUUGUGUAUUUUGGCUUAUUCUCUAUCCGUUCCUAACAUCAAAAGAUUUUGGUUUAGAUUUUCUGAUUGUCUGUAUGCAUUCAGUAAAUGCUGUAUUCCUGCUUGGUGACUCAGUUUUGAACUGCAUGCGAUUCCCUUUGUUUCGUAUUGCUUAUUUUGUGUUAUGGACGGGUAUAUUUGUCAUAUUCCAAUGGAUCAUCCAUGCAUGCAUCAACCUUUGGUGGCCGUAUCCAUUUCUUGACUUGUCAUCCGACUAUGCUCCCCUAUGGUACCUUGGGGUAGGAUUGAUGCAUGUCCCGUGUUAUGGCAUCUUUGCUUUAAUAAUUAAAUUGAAGAACUUCUGGUUUUCACGGUCGUUCCCUGAGUCUUAUAGAAGAUUGAGGUGAGAUAAGUUGUUGGUUAUGGUUUGCCAGUUGCUAAUGAAAUUGGAAGCUGGAGAGAACUGAUUUCCAUGCAGGUAUAAUAUGAUUAUAUUUGCAUAGAAAUUGUCAGUAGACGAUGAUACACAAUUGUUUCAACUUGGAAUUCCAAGUAUGCUGACUGUCGCUUAUGGUGUGUAAUGGUUACUUAAUGCCUCCUGUUGAGUGGUCAUUACACAUGCUAAUGUGUCAGUGUCGUGCAGAUGUCGAAAUAUUUGGGCAUCCUAAACAUUUACUCCCUUUGUUCAUUUUUAUUUUUCAGUGAAUUUAGUUUAAUUUUUUGAUUUUUUAAAUUUAGUUUUUAAAUAAAAAUUUAAUAAUUUA